AUGCCAGACAUUACUAAGGGUCCAAGUUGGACCUGGCAGGAGAAGUUCGGAGACAUCGUCCGGGCCACGCCCUUGAUCGACCGCCAGAAGAACAUCUACGUAACUACGGUGGCUGGAAGAUCGUACAAGCUGAGUGCGGAGGGACAGCUGAUCUGGACGCACUACACCGACAGCAAAGGAAGUGUCCCUGGGGUUGGCUCUCUGUGGGAUUCGGUCAUGCUGCUGCUGACGAGGAAAGGCUUCCUCAUCGCCAUCGACAUCGACACUGGGACCGAAAGGUGGGCGAGGAAGAUUGCGGAGCAGGUGGCCACAGCCACAGACUGCGCUUUGCUGACACAGGGGCUCAUCAUCGUUUCGGUCAUGGACCCGGUGCCACUGGUGCCGCAGCAGGUGAUCGAGAAUAGCCGGCUCAUGGCACUGAGCAUCGAAGAUGGAUCUUUCCGUUGGUCUUUCGCUCCAUACCGUCCCACGUUCAAUUUCCAAGCUGCAACGGUCCACGACGGCAGCUUCGUGUUUCAGGACCGGACAGGAGGCGUCUAUCGUUUGUCCACAGAUGGGAAGCUCCUCUGGUAUGCCAAGACACCCGACAGGGAGUCGUCUACAACAGCGGCGCUCGUGCUACACCAGGGGCGCGUCUUCGCCGUCAGCAAUGUCGGCCAGGAACCAGCUGGGCUUCUGCAUGUCUACGACUAUGAAGAUGGCCACCACCUCUGGACCCAGGAGCUCCCUCAUGAGGGCAACCAGGCAGUAGCUGUCGGUGAGCUUGCUGGCAGCCCGGGCAAGACCUCCUUGAUUCUCGGCAUGGGCAAGAAUCCAGGGCUGCCCCUCAUCGCGAGAAUUGCACUAUCACUCCCAACGAUCGUGAUCCCACUCUUCUUGCCAUUCCACUUGCUGAGCCUUUCCUUCCCAUCUGUCUUCGCGAAGAAAGAACGGCGGGCGAUCUUCGCCGUGGAUGCUGCAAGUGGUGCUGUUCGCUGGUAUCACGAGAUGGACCCGUACGUGCGCCCUGCCGCAGCCGGAGACUCAGAGAACGUCCUGGCACGGUUUCGGGCGACGCAGAAUGGCUCGAAUCCCAACAACGAGCCUGUUUGCCUUCCCGACGCCAACGCGCAGCCCGUGAUCGAUGGAGCGGGCACUGCCUUCGUUCCCUUCCAGGAUGGCAAGAUCUAUGCUUUACGGGACGACAACAGCGACGGCAAGAUCUCGCCCGAAGAAGUGAAGGAGCGCCUGGUGGGCGCCGGUUUCCAGGCCUCCCCAGCCAUGGCUCCUGGGCUCUUCGCGGUGAUCGACUGCAGUGGGCGGCUGGAGGUUUUCCUGGGGCCAUGA